AUGUCGAAAGUCAGUGCGCGCUGGGCUCUGAAGUUGCUAUCAGAAGAAGAAAAGCAGACGCGUUCAAGGUGUUCAGCUGUAUUCUUGGAACGGUACGCGGCAGAAGGUGACGAAUUCCUUGAUAGAAUAGUGACUACAGACGAAACUUGCCUGCAUCACUAUGAUCUGGAAAUGAAGGCCCUAUCGUCGGUAUUAAAAAGGGAUUACGUCAAUGUUCUGAAGAGAAAACGGCCGGCUUUGGACCUGGAUAGGGUAAUCCUGCACCAGGAUAAUGCUCCUGUACAUAGGGCCAACUCUACACAGUUAGAGAUUACUUUACUGGGAUUUGAACUCUUGGAACACCCUCCCUACAGCCCUGACUUAGCGCCCAUGGAUUUCAGAACGUUUCCCGAGAUUAAGACUUCCCUCCGUGGACAACGCUUCCAUGACGUUGCCGAUUUGACAUUGGCAACCAGUCGAAAAGUUUCACAACUUGACACAGACUGGUACCGGGAGACAUUUACCAAGUGGAUUGCGAGACAUCAGAAAUAUGUAGCCUUGUGCGGUGACUACGUAGAGAAAGUGCGCCGUUCAUUGGACCUGGAUAACGUGUGA